CGAAUGACCUUUCACCUCCAAAAACAUGUCGGCCCGGUUGACAGCGGUGUGAAUGUGGUUGUCAUCCGAGAUUCAGGUCAAAGAAAAGAAUUGUAAUUAUCAAGAGGUUCACUGGACAUCAACGUUUGACUGCAUACACUCAAGCUUGCGAUAUGAAAUAGUACCGAGGAAGGUGGAGACUUUCAGCCAGCAAAUAUGUCCGGAUACUGCAGGACUGUGUUGUCAACUCUGUGUCGUUCUCUUGGAAGGCAACCAUCCAAAACAUUUCAUGGCAUUAAGGUAGAUCUAUCGCAAACUCGAUCCCUCGGACUCUCCGUUGACAGAUGCGAACUGUCACGUUAUCAUCACUGGUCCAAUGAUCACAGACGGACAGCUUUUCUGAAUGUCAACUCAACAUGGAGGUCAUGCCAUAGUUCCAGUCAGCGUGAUCAGUCCUCCGAGGCAGGGGCACCAAAGAAGGAAGAUGAUUACCCUCCUCUACCAGACUAUGAUGCCAACCAGCCUGAAUCAAAAGAAGUGUUUGUGGUCAGUGUGAAGGGCCUGCCCUACUCGUGCAAAAAGGAGGAUUUACUGGAAUUUUUUUCUGAGUGCAGAGUUCGUGAAGGACUGAAAGGAGUCCAUUUCCUGUAUCACAGAGAUGGGAGGCCGAAGGGGCAAGCUUUUAUUGAGGUGGAGACUGAGGAGGAUGUCAGCAAGGCACUGGAGAGACACAGGCAGUACCUGGGGCCCCGCUAUGUGGAGGUGUUUGAAGUAACAGACCAGGAUGCAGAAGCCUUGCUGAAAGGAGGGGACAGUCCGUUGGCUGGUGGCUCAGUGGUACGGCUCCGAGGCUUACCUUUCACCUCCACAGAGGAGGACAUUGUACAGUUCUUCUCAGGUUUGGACAUAAUAGAGAGUGGGGUGACCCUGCUCCACAAUGCCCGAGGGCAGAGCAUAGGCCAGGCGUUUGUGCAGUUUGCCUCUCAGGAGAUGGCGGAGAAGGCCUUGGAGCGAGACAGAGCACUCAUGGGACACCGAUAUGUGGAGGUGUUCUCCAGCAGCACAAGUGAGCUUGCUUCACAACUUCGCAGAAGACAGCAGCAGCGGCCACCGGCUCCUCCCUCAGACAGAGCCCCACCUCAAUACACGUCUCCCCCUCUACGUACACCCCUUCCUCCCCAAAACCCCCCUGUAGCACCGCCAGUGGACAUGGCAAGAAGUCAACAGCUCAGAGCUGGUCGGUCAGCUGCAACUCAAGCCCCAGGCACCCCCAUCCAUUACAUUCACAUGAGAGGACUACCUUUUGAAGCCACCGCUGAGGACAUCGUCCAGUUCUUCGCUCCUCUGAGGGUGGCUCGUAUAAUGGUGGAGUACCACUCGGAUGGCAAGGCCAGCGGAGAAGCAGAGGUGCACUUCAGAAGCCACGAGGACGCUGUGGCUGCCAUGUCCAAGGACAGGGAGUACAUGCAGAACAGAUAUAUUGAAUUAUUCCUGAACUCAAGCAGAGGCUAGUGAUGGUAGAAGCCACCUCCCCAGUCUCACAUCAGCUCAACUGGUAUCUGUCAGGGAACCCCGACAUGAUUAACCCAAUGUGUAACAAUAAGAUGCAUUCCCUUCCCUGUGUAUGGUGGCACGUGCGUAUAGUUGUUGUGCUCAAAUAAAUUAUUGUUGCUGAACAAGUGU